ACCGUUCUUUUUCUCUAAGAGCAUAAAGGAACAUAAAAAGCUCCAAACUUAUUUUAAUCUAUUUCAUAUAUUGUCAAUAGCUUGAGUUUAAUUUAAACCUUAUAGAGACUCUCUCGUCGUUGUUGUUUCCUCUCAUUGUUAAUCUGUUUCUUGAGGGUUUAUCAAUGGAUGCUGGUACUUUAAACUCGGUGAUCAAUAGAUUGCUUGAAGUUAGAGAGAAACCAGGAAAGACUGUUCAGUUGUCUGAAACAGAGAUUAAACAGCUCUGUUUUGUCUCUAGAGAUAUCUUUAUGAGACAGCCAAAUCUCUUGGAACUCGAAGCUCCUGUCAAAAUCUGCGGGGACAUUCAUGGACAAUAUCCGGAUCUCUUGAGACUAUUCGAAUACGGAGGAUACCCUCCUCGUUCAAACUACUUGUUUCUUGGAGAUUACGUAGACCGCGGCAAGCAAAGCCUGGAAACGAUUUGUCUUUUACUCGCUUACAAGAUCAAAUUCCCUGAAAACUUCUUCCUUCUUAGAGGAAACCAUGAAAGUGCCUCAAUCAAUCGCAUUUACGGCUUUUACGACGAGUGUAAACGCAGAUUCAGUGUCAAGAUUUGGCGAAUCUUCACCGAUUGCUUCAACUGUCUUCCUGUCGCUGCACUCAUCGAUGACCGGAUUCUCUGUAUGCACGGCGGGCUCUCCCCGGAGCUUCUUAGCUUGAGACAGAUUAGGGAUCUUCGUCGUCCCACGGACAUUCCUGAUCGCGGUUUACUCUGUGAUCUGUUGUGGUCUGAUCCUGACAAAGAUGUCAGAGGUUGGGGGCCUAAUGAUCGCGGAGUCUCUUACACUUUUGGAUCGGAUACAGUUUCGGGGUUUCUGAAAAGGCUCGAUCUUGACCUAAUUUGUAGAGCUCACCAGGUUGUUGAAGACGGAUUCGAGUUCUUUGCGAAUAAGCAGCUCGUGACGAUAUUCUCUGCACCGAAUUACUGUGGGGAGUUCGACAAUGCAGGUGCGAUGAUGAGUGUGGAUGAUGAUUUGACCUGCUCAUUUCAGAUCUUAAAACCUAGUGACAAAAAAUCAAAGUUCAGUUUUGGAAGCAGAGGUGGUGUUAAAACUAGCUUCCCUUAUCCUAAAGUCAAGUCGAUUCUGAGUUCACAGAGUUCGAAAGGAUACAACUGAUGACUCCAUAAUUAACAGUCCGCAUAAUAACUGUUCAGCAACUAUGCCAACGUUAUUCGAUGAUAAGGGAGCAAGAGGAUUUUGAAUUUCGGAAUUUUUUUUGAAGUGUUUUUUUUUUUUUUUGUUACCGUUGUGUGGCUACGUGUGUGUGUGUUUUUUCUCUAUUGUUUGUAAAUUUGGAUUGUAACUUUAAGUGUUGGUUUAUGAAAUCUUUAUAUAAUAAAGUAUGUUUUUCA